AGAAUGCUCAUGAAGUAGCAACUUAAGUGGCUGUGUUUAUCCUGAAAUCCUCAGGCAGCCAGACCGUCUUAGGCAAAUUUUGAUAAAAUAGUCCUUGUCCAGGUUUUUAUCUAAGGAAUCCCGAGAAGAUUGAAGAAUGGAGAGAAAGCAAAGAUUCAUGUCAGAGAAGGAUGAAUAUCAGUUUCAACAUCAGGGAGCGGUGGAGCUGCUUGUCUUCAAUUUUUUGCUCAUCCUUACCAUUUUGACAAUCUGGCUAUUUAAAAAUCAUCGAUUUCGCUUCUUGCAUGAAACCGGGGGAGCGAUGGUGUACGGUCUCGUAAUGGGAUUAAUUUUACGAUAUGCUACAGCACCAACUGAUAUUGAAAGUGGAACUGUAUAUGAUUGUGGAAAACUGGUCUUCAGCCCAUCAACUCUUCUGAUUAAUAUCACUGAUCAAGUUUAUGAAUAUAAAUACAAGAGAGAAAUAAGCCAACACAACAUCAAUCCUCACCAAGGCAAUGCUAUACUUGAAAAGAUGACAUUUGAUCCAGAAAUCUUCUUCAAUGUUUUACUGCCGCCAAUUAUAUUUCAUGCUGGAUAUAGUCUAAAGAAGAGACACUUUUUUCAAAACUUGGGAUCUAUUUUAACAUAUGCCUUCUUGGGAACGGCCAUCUCCUGCAUUGUCAUAGGGUUAAUUAUGUAUGGCUUUGUGAAGGCUAUGGUAUAUGCUGACCAGCUGAAAAAUGGAGAUUUUCAUUUCACUGACUGUUUGUUCUUCGGUUCACUGAUGUCUGCUACAGAUCCAGUGACGGUGUUGGCCAUUUUCCAUGAACUGCAUGUCGACCCUGACCUGUACACACUCUUGUUUGGGGAGAGUGUGUUGAACGAUGCAGUCGCCAUAGUCCUUACAUAGUAAGUACCAGAACUUGGCCUGUGCUUCUUUGACCAAGUGAAAGAUGCUUCAAAUAUGGUGAUAAUUUCUAGGGGCUUUAAUAGUAUCUUUUCUCUUAUAUCAUAGAGAUAAAGGCAAUUUCUAGCUUUUAAGGAAUAAUUACCACUGAAGAGCUCCAAUAGUGUGUACAUUUCAUUGUGCACUUAAUUUCUAACACUAUUAAUAAGUUUCACGUUUCCAGUCUAUGAUAAAAUACUACUCAGAGGGUAACACUUUUGUUUCUUGGUGUAUAUAUUUAGCUGAUUCACUUAGGAUUGAAUGCACAUAAAUAAAAAUGCACAUAAAUAAGCUUUCUUCAUUUUAAAUCAGUAUCAUUUAAUUUUUUCAAGUCAUUUUCCAGAUAAUAGACUAAUAGAAACCAUUGUAUUUACAGGAAUUUUGGCAAAUCAGAGAUAGAAGCUGAGAGUCAUAACUCUCUAUUUAUCAAUGCAAAUGUCACGCAUUAUAGAAAUACACACAUUCUAAAAUCAUCCAUGUGAUAAGUAAAACUGAUGAAGCUUCUGCUAAGAGGUAAUAUAAUUUCUCUUUCAUACUGGAGGAAUUUUCAUUUCAGGAUGAGAAUUAGCACUCUCUUCUCACCUCUCCUUCAGGCACUCACCAUUUAUAUUUAAUAAAUGCCAUUUUGGUGGCUUUCACUAUGUCAAAGGUCUCUUCUUGGUUUUAGAUUAAGACUAACAUUUUGGGCAACUGUCAAAUACCCUAAAGGAAAGUAGCCAUCUAAUAAUUAAAUGUGACAACAAGAUUCAAUUCAGGGUGCUAAUUACUUUGAGUGCAUUUGAAAAUGUAUUGCAAACUAACAAAGGAUUUUUAAAAGUCAGAUCUCACAGAGCAGUGUAGGAAACAACAGAGAGGCACUUCUCUUUUUUUCUGCCAGCUGACAUUUCUCAAGGCUGCCACCCCAAAGUUAUCACUACAUUCAGCAACUUUCAAGAAAGAGUCAAAAAAAACCUUAUAUUUCACCUGAUUACCAAGAAGUGCCUUUCCUGCUUUUAAGGAAAAUAUCAGUGAGUCCAAAUUAAGAGCUUCUCAGCCAUUAAAAAGAAUUCAUUUGAAUCAGUUCUAAUGAGAUGGAUGAAACUGGAGCCCAU